AUGAAGGGAGCCAAGGAAAGGCCCGUGUCGGUCGCCACAGAGUUUAUGGAGUCCGACUUUGACGACGACGAGAUUCUCAGUGAAAUUGACGACGGCGAAAACUCACCGCGAGCCAGUGUCAAUUCGUCUGGCCAGCCAAGUUUCACAACCGUGUCGUCGUACGACGAGGUACACACACCGAGAUCAAGUAGGGCACCGACGGCUUUCCAGUUCGACCUCAACGCAAAGCCGGUUGAGGGUCCCCGAGGACCUCACCUGUUCCGGAGCUCGUCGCUUUCCGUACAUUCUGUCGAAUACCAAAAUGCACUGUCAUUGUCACCGGUUACGCCAAAGACCGCAAGGCCCGGCCAAACGGAGUUUCACUUGCCAAUCGCUUUGGAUCUCACAUCCCUCCCCUCGGCGCGGAGGCGUCAGAGCGGUCCGUUCCAGUUUACCGACGAGGAGCUGGACGACACCACCACACUCGCUGAAUGGUCGCCCGAAAAGGUAGCACAAUGGAUGCUCAACGCCGGCGUCGAGCUCCAGAUCGCAGAAAAGUUUGUCGAAAAUGACAUCACUGGAGGAAUCCUAAUCACGCUCAAGUUUGAGGAUCUCAAGGAGCUGGGCAUCCCUUCCUUUGGGGCCCGGACCAAGGUCUGGGACGAGAUCCAUGUUAUGCGCAACAUCAAGCCCUCGGAGCCCGCCCCGGAGACUCCCAUCGAGGACGAGCCGGACCGCGAGGUGCGGAGGGAGCAGAGGCGCAUGGAUGAUGACGGUAAGCCGAGGCGCAAGAAGUCCAAGGCCGAGGACAUCAUCUCGCCCCUGGAAUCCGUCUCUAUUGUCGGCAUCGAGCAGAUGAUGCCCAAGCCCCACCACUGCUCCAAGGGCGAGAACUGCAGUAAGUGGAAGCGACAGCAGAAGAUGCUCGAGGCCUUCAAGAAGGACCACCCCUUCGUCGACAUGGACAAGGGCGGCAUCAUCAUGGUUGCUGGCGACCCAGGCAAUGCUGUGACUGCCAGCGCCCUAAAUAAGCCCCAAGAUGACUUCUUCCGCCCCAUCUCCGAUGCCAUCCCUUCCGUCGUCGCCUCCUCCGACAUCCUCGGGACCGAGGGACUCCCUCCCCUGCAGUACCUGCAGGAAGCCACACUGCGCAACCUGCAGGCGCGCGACCCUCAGGACAACGUGCGGCAGUUCCUAGACUUCCAACACGCCCACGUCUUUGAGUCUAGCGAGGUUCCUCCCACUCCUCCCUUUGAGAUCACUCCUACUCCGCAGCCGCCUCAUCAGGCUCUUCGCUCCUUGCCGAGGCUUUCUAUCCCUGUGACUGCCCGCAACACACCCCAGCCCACAUACAACCAGCCUUGCUCUGCGACGGCGCACCCCGAUGAUGACGAGUAUGAGCAGGCCACCCCGACCGGUGUCUACCGCUUCGGCACCCCAUUCUCUGAGAUGGAUGUUCCCGUGACCGCUGUACCUCUGGGCCCGGUUGCUCGCGACGUCUCACAGUCUGUUCCGCCAGACAUGAACUACCGCCAUGGCCCGGUCGCUCCUAUCUCCCGCUCCGUCUCUCGCGCCACUGCCCGCCGCCCGUCCUUCCCCGUCAUGCCCGCCCUUGACGAGAACAAGGUAGCCGCCGCAGUCGUGUCCCCGCGGCAAUCCCCUCGACAGUCGCCGCAGUCUCUGCAACGCAAGCAAGGCCAGCGCCAGCUGCAGCCUCCGCCGCGCAUGCAGUACCCCUGGACCAGCGAGCGGCCCGCCGAGAAAGCCAUCCCGCCGGUCCCAUCCUCCGCCACAUCCUCCUCCUCCUUCGCCUCCGCUUGCUUCUCGUCAGCACGCCUCUCCCCCAGCGGCACCGGGUCCACCAGCCCACGCAUCAAGGACGCCGAGGGCGUGACCUACGCGGGUCCCAUGCGCAAGCGCAAGACCAAGAUGCUGCGCCACGAGUGGCAGGAGCACUUCUUCACGCUCAAGGGCACGCGCCUCAACAUGCACAAGGACGAGGCGAGCGCCACGCGCGAGCGGACGCUCGAGUACAUCGACAUUGACGACUACGCCAUCGCCUGCUCGAGCCUGGCGUCGUCCAACAAGCUCAGCGCCAAGUUCAAGGCCAUGAGCAUCCGCCGCGGCAGCAGCGAGGACAAGCAGGACGUCGCCGCCUUCUCCUUCCAGCUCGUGCCGCAGGACGCCAAGGGCGGCGUCAAGCUGCGCAAGCGGGAGAGCGUGCUGCCUUCUUCCUCGUCGGCCGCGUCGUCGGCGGCGGGCCCGGAGGGCGCCGCCAACGGCACGGGCAAGUCCCACUACUUUGCCGUCAAGAGCCGCGACGAACGCAUCGACUGGAUGCGGGAGCUGAUGCUCGCCAAGGCGCUGAAGCAGAAGGGCGAGGGCUUCGAGGUCAGUGUCAACGGCAAUAUGAUCUAG